AUGAAUGCAAAGAUUCUAGUUGAUCAAGUGCAACAACUACCAAGCAGAGGGAAAGGAGUGCUCAGACAAAUCUACUACCAUCUGAAAGAAAUGAAGCAAAGACCAGCCUGGACAUGUCUUAUGUACAGAAAUGCAGCAAGACCAAAAGCAUAUAUCAUAAUGUGGAUUAUGAUGCAUCAAAAGUUGUCAACUGUUGAUAAACUAGUGCAAUGGGGAAUUGAAGUAGAUAAAGAGUGUGUACUGUGUAAGAAUGCUGAAGAGUCUGCAGAACACUUGUUUCUACAAUGCCAAUUUGCAAGGAAGGUGUGGAAGAGAAUUCUGGGAAGCAUAGAUCAUCGUAGUACUGCUCCAAUGGUGUGGGAACAAUUUCAGCAAUGGUGCAUUCAAAAUGGGAAAGGAAAAAGAGCUACAACACAAAGGUUCAAGACUGUGCUGACAGAAGGAAUUUAUGGACUAUGGAUAGAGAGAAACAACAGAAUGUUUGAACACAAGAGCAAAAAGGAAGAGAGUAUAGCAAAAGAGAUAGUUUGUGUAACUAUGGCUAGAAUUUCUUUUAAUAAUUCAAAGAUGUAA